AUGGUUUUUCCAAAACCUGCUUCCGAGUCUGACCUCUUUCUUCAUUCCAAUUUUGCUUCUCGCUAUGCUAGGGAAUCUCUUCCCAGGUUUAGCAUGCCUGAGGACUCCAUGUCUAAGGAGGCUGCCUACCAGAACAUUCAUGAUGAGUUACAGCUUGAUGCCAUUCCGAAGCUGAACUUGGCUUCUUUCGUGACCACUUCCAUGGAGGAAGAGUGCAACAAACUCAUCAUGGAAUCCAUCAACAAGAACUAUGUGGACAUGGACGAAUAUCCUAUCACCACUGAUCUUCACAAUCGGUGCGUGAAUAUGAUAGCACGAUUAUUCCACGCUGAAAUAGAAGAAGAUGGGAAUGCAGUUGGAGCAGGAACUGUGGGAUCAUCAGAGGCCAUAAUGCUGGCAGGGCUUGCAUUCAAGAAGAAGUGGCAGAACAAGCGGAAGGCAGAGGUGGAGGUGAGAGAAGGGUACUACGUCAUGGACCCUGCUAAAGCAGUUGAAUUGGUUGAUGAGAACACUAUUUGUGUGGCUGCAAUCUUGGGUUCAACUUACAAUGGAGAGUUCGAAGAUGUGAAGCUCCUCAAUGAUCUACUACUACAAAAAAACAAGCAAACUGGCUGGGAUACGCCUAUUCAUGUGGAUGCUGCUAGUGGUGGUUUUAUUGCUCCUUUCCUUUAUCCAGAGCUAGAGUGGGAUUUCAGACUCCCAUUGGUGAAGAGCAUUAAUGUGAGUGGCCACAAAUAUGGACUUGUUUAUGCUGGUAUUGGUUGGGUUAUUUGGAGGAGCAAGGAGGACUUGCCAGAAGACCUUGUCUUCCAUAUUAAUUACCUUGGAGCUGACCAACCCACCUUCACCCUCAAUUUCUCUAAAGGUUCCAGUCAGAUCAUAGCUCAAUAUUAUCAGCUAAUUCGUCUUGGCCAAGAGGUGAGCUCAUAUAGUAGGAUUUACGACCCCUUUCCUUCCAACAACCUAACUAAUACAACAAAAUCAAUUUUAUUGGUCUAA